UUAAGACGAGCAUCAGAAGCUGCUAUUCUUAAUGCUAACUAUAUGCUCAAACGUCUUAAAGAUCAUUACCUAAUUCGUUACACCAAUGACGCUGGCUUUUGCGCCCAUGAAUUCAUCCUGGACUGUGAACCUUUUCAUAAAUACAACAUCGAAGUGAUUGACAUUGCUAAGCGUCUGAUGGAUUAUGGCUUUCACAGUCCAACGAUGUCUUGGCCGGUUCCUUCUGCACUCAUGGUGGAACCAACUGAAAGUGAGCCCAAAGAGGAGUGCGAUCGAUUCUGCGAUGCAAUGAUUCAGAUACGCAAUGAGAUCCAAAUGAUAGCUGAUGGUCGCCUGGACAAAAAAGUCAAUCCUCUCAAGAUGGCCCCACACACAAUGCAGGUAUGUAUACACGAAUGUAUUAUUUAA